GGGGGCUGCUGGGAAGAUGGCGGAGGCGGAGGCGGAGGCGGGGGCCGGGCGGCGCUGAGGGGCCGGGGGCGGCGACGGGCUCCAGCGCGGCCGGGAGCGCCAUGGUCUCCUUGUUUUCAGAAGCCCCUCGAGUUGCCCUCCCCGCACCAUGCUGCGCCUGCUGCCAUGGCUCCGCGCCCUGAGCCAAGAGAGCACACGGCCCUGUGUCCUGCAGGGGCUGGCUGCUAGUGACACGAGGGGGUCCAGGAUGUACCCGAGCUGCUACUGUGCGGGGAAGGCCAAGCAGCGGGCUGUGCUGCUGCCCCUGGAUCCCUACAGCCAUGGGCUGCUCCACAGCUUGCCCCCCGAUGCUGGCAGGACUCGAGGCCAUGGCAAGAGGAAGAGCUGGAGCUUCAUCCACGAGAAGAUGAGCUACGACACUUUCUUCACCAUGAAGCGGCUGAUAGAGCGGUCGCGGAGUGUGGGGGAAGUGCUGCGUUGGGUCACCCAGAACCCCAGCAAGGUGUCUGCCAGCCACUACCCCAUUGCCCUGCACAAGCUGGGCCAGCUGCUGCAGCAGCCACAGGGCCAGGCCAUGGUGAAUGGAGAGCACCGUGGACCCAGCCAGGUGCUGGAGCAGCCAGAGUUCCAGGCACUCUGCCAGGCCAUCAUCAGUGGGUGCUCCAAGUUCGAUAACUUCAGCAUUGUCAAUUGUCUGUAUGCUGCCGCGGCCCUGGGUCUCCCUGGUGAGUCGGCCUUGGUGCAGGUGCUGGAGGAUGAGUCCCGGAGCCGCCUGGGGCGCUUCAACCAGAAGGACGUCUCCAUGGUGUUCAGCAGUGUGAUGCGGCUUCACCCAUCGAGUCCCCACCCCCUGGUGGAGUCCUGCCUCAGCAGCCUUGAGCGGCACCUGGAGAAGGAGCGCCAUCCACAGACCCUCUUCCUCCUCCUUUCCUACUAUCGGCUCCGGGCCCAGGCGCUGCAGGGCCACCCAGCCUCUGACCAGCAGCUGCUCAACAACCGCAAGAUCCUGCGGCUAGUCAGGCACACACUGGGGCAAGUGAGCGCCGUACGCGAGCACGAGCUAGCCCUGCUGGAUGAGAUGUUGGCCCUGUGUGCUCAGGAGGCCAACAAUAAGGCCUUGGAGGCCAUCUUCAGCUCGCAGCUCUUCUAUGAGAACCGCCAGGAGCGCUUUAUACGCAGCAUGGCAGAGUGGCUCCCAAGGAAGGCCGAGAACCUCACCCCCUACACCAUGGCGCUGAUUGCCAAGUAUGUGGCCCGGCACAGGCUGCGUGAGCCGCGCCUGCUUGAUACCAUCGCCAACUUCCUGCUGAAGCGUGGGGAACAGCUGGAGAGCAAGGUGAUCCAGAAGCUGGUGUUUCCCUUCAGCCGCAUGAAUUACCGGCCAUCUAACCACAGCGAGCUCUUCCCCAAGCUGGAGGCCAUCCUGGAGCAGAAGGCAGCCAGCUCACCUCUGGCCACUGUCAACAUCCUCAUGUCCAUGUUCCAGCUCAGGCACUUCCCCCAGGCUGUCCUGCACCAGGUUUUCUCCCCAGCCUUCAUCACCAAUGUCAUGAGCAGCCCUUAUGCGCUGAUCGUGCGCCGCUACCUCUCUCUGCUGGAUGCAGCGCUGGAGCUGGAGUUCCGAGAUUACAGUGGCCCGCGCCUUGACCCACGCUACCGGGUCCUCAUGUUUGACCAUGCCCUGACAUCUGACGAGGCCAACAGAAAAUACAGUUACAAGGGGCUGGUGGCUGAAGCCCUUAGGCAGCUGGUGGGAGAGGAGUGCUACCGGCAGGAUGAGGUGCUGCCCCCUGGAUACUGCACAGAUUUCCUGUUGUGGAUUAACCGCUCGGGCACGGUCCUGCCUCUUGCCCAUGUCCCUGCAGCCUACAAGGUCGCCUGCGCCCGCCCUGGGGUGCCCCCGGCUGCCAGCUGCCUGCGUUCCAGCGUCCUGGCCCUUACCGCUGACUUGCAGGACUUCGCACCAUUCGCUCCGGAGACACCCAGCAGCCCUGAGGGCCCCCGGGAGAGCAACCUCACUGGGCAUUUCCUGUCCACGCUCUGCCCUGCCCCAGGGGGUCCUUGCUACCAGCCUCCAUCAGACUAUUACUGCAGCCUGAGCAAAGAGCAGUCUCUGGAGAGCCAGGGCAGCUCCACGCUGAGCAGCCCCUCAGAGUGCCUGGCCCCGCAGCCUGCUUCCACUUCUGACUGCUCCCCCAGGGGCACCUCCACAGCCGCCCUCUUCCAGUUCCCGAUCAGCAAAAUUCUGGAAGAGGGGGAGGCAACAGCUGGCUGCCCGGGGCCUGAUCGCAGGGGACAGCAGGCCCAGGAGGAACUGGAUGAGGGGAAGGCAGCCCCGGCCGAGGAGACCUAUGCUCUGCCCUCCCCACACCUGCCCAGCCCCAAGAGAGGGCCAAGCGACGGGCUGCAGGGAGCUGAAGAGAUUCAGAGGGUGGUCCUCUCAGUCAAUGACAAGUGGCAUUACUGCCAGAACUCUGACAUCCUGGUGGGCUCGCGAGCCAUGAGGGACAGGCACUUGCAGCUGCUGGGCUACUGCCUGGUUCAGCUGCCCUACAUGGAGCUGGAGAAGGUGAGCGGUGUCGAGGAGGCCAAGCACUAUCUGCGGCAGAAGCUGCGGGAGCUCCGCCUUUGAAAGCAGCCGCUGCCCCCGGGGCGCAGUGACAGCGAGAGACCUACCUCCGCGUGCUGAGGAGCCUGCUCCCGCAGGCACCCUCCCUCCCCUGGGGCUGAGGGCAAGGCAGCUCCCCAGGCCAGGGGCUGUAGGCUGGUGGGGAUGGUGGUGGCGGGCGUAGCGUGUGGCUGUUAUUUAUUAGCAUUUGCUGAGGGGUCAAGCUGGUGCAGCAAUGGGGGUGGACGUUCGGUGUAAAGGGCUGGACAGCGCCACGGCCUGCUACUCCACCCACGAGCCUCCUGUCUGCCAAAGGGGGGGUGCACUGGGGACAAGCACUGGUCUGUUUGUCCUCAGAGGGCAGGGUGGGGCAGGGCUCCCUGAGCUGCCUGCCUGUGACUGCUUCUCCCCCAUGGGCUGCACAGGGCCUGGAGGAGUGGCUGGAAGCGCAUUGGCGGGGGGCCCUGGAGCUGUUUGCCUCUGGGGAGGGGCUGGCUCCCUGGGAGAGGGGCUGUUUGUCCGGGGGACGGGGGGGCUGUUUGCCCGCAGGCCCAGCCCAAAAUGCCGCUGUGGUGGUGGGGACAAAGUUUACAAUAAAAAUGGAGAAAAA